AUGGGAAAUAUUAACAGCGAUGUGACGGCUGGUGUGAAAAAACAGGCCGUUUCUAAACAAAAAAUAUAUUCAUUGGUUAACGUCAAGAAAAAAGGUAUUCUCGUCGAUAUCAUGAGGAAAGCCAUCAAAAAUCAAGAUUUUACCGAAGUGAACAAUCAGAUUGAGAGUAUAGUUAAGCCAUUUCUAUACAAUGGAGGACAAGGAAAGAAAGUAUUGAUAUCACAUUUGAUUGGUUUAAGAAACAGACACAACAAGUUUGGUAACACAGAUGAUGAACAUAAUCAUAAUAAUGACAAUCAAAUGGAUGAAGAAUGUCAACAAAUGGAUAAUCAAAUGGUUGUCAGAUCCCGAUUAUCUCAACUUUUAUAUCGUUUUUUUCCAAAUAGGUUACGAAAAACAAAUAUAUUACCGGAAAUGGAUUGCGAUUAUAGAGAAAUUUGUUGGAAACUUAGUGAAAGAGGUUCUGUUGGCGAAACAGUACUACAUAUGUGUUUGUUGGUGUCGACACCAAUUCAUACAGAACUGGCCCGAAGAAUUGUUACAUUAUUUCCCAAAUUAGUUAAUGAUAUAUAUUUAGACGACGAGUUUUAUGGUGAAGGAGCUCUUCAUAUGGCUGUUGUCAAUGAAGACCUAUCUAUGGUAUCAUUCCUUCUAAACAAUGGCGCAGAUGUGAGGGCUCGAUGUAUCGGCAAAUUCUUUUGUGCCGACGAUCAGAAAGAAACGCGAAAAGAAAGUUUAGAUAACGAAUCAUAUAUUUUGAAGACUCAAACCAAUUAUCAAGGACAUGUCUAUUGGGGAGAAUAUCCGCAUUCAUUUGCUGCAUGUCUUGAGCUCGAAGAUUGUUAUCGUUUAUUGUAUGCAAAAGGAGCUAAUCCUGACAGUGAAGACACUAAUGGCAAUACUGUUCUACAUAUGACUGUUAUCUGCAAUAAAAUGAAAAUGUUUAAUCUGGCAUAUGAGCUUGGUGCUAAUAUACAUAUUACCAAUAAACAAGGAUUAACACCACUUUCAUUAUCUGCUAAACUUACAAGAAAUGAAAUGUUUUUUCACAUUUUAAAACUUCAAAGAGAAGUUUUUUGGGAAUUCUGUGAACAGGCAUUCACUGCCUAUCCUUUGGAUGAAAUUGAUUCAAUUGAUGUCAAUACGGGACACAUAAAGACAAACAAUGCAUUAAGUGUUGUUGCAUUUGGAGAUGAGCUUGGUCAUUUAGAUAUGUUUCAGGGAUUACUAAUUGAUUUAUUACAAGCAAAGUGGAAUACAUUUAUCAAGAAAAAAUUUUAUCAACAAAUUGUAUUUUAUGGUUUUUACUUUUUAAUAACAUUUUUUGCAUUUAUAUUAAGACCGGCACCCAUUACUUAUCAUAAAAUUAAUCGACAAUUAAAUUGCAGUCAACUUAAUUAUAUCAUCAAUAAUAUCCAAAAUAAUUCAAUUAAUACAAAUGCUGAUAUGUGUCAAAUAAUAAAUCAAUGCAAAACAUAUCCACAGAAUAAUAAACAAAUAAAAAGACUGAAUAUUACUCCUUAUUUUUUGGAGGAAACACAACAAGUCAUACAAAUUAACAAAAAUGAUAAAACUGUGAAAAAUGAUGAAAUAUCUACACAUUCAUGUCAUUUACUCCAAUUUAAUACAACAUUAAAUCGAAUCAAAGUUCCCGGAAGAAUCAUGUUUCUAAUGUCAUGUAUUUUAAUUGUAAUUACAAUACCAUUGAGAUUAUUAUGUUUACCACAAUAUGAGGACAGAAUCAUUGCUUUAUCAAUGUUUUUGACACCAAUGAAACUAUUGUUUUUCUGCCGAGGAUUCAAAACUGUUGGACCAUUUGUAGUGAUGAUCUAUAAAAUGAUUGUUUCAGAUCUCUUGUGUUUUGUUACAAUUUAUAUGAUAUUUGUUAUGGGAUUUGCUGAAGCAUUCUUCGUCAUAUUUAGGUCUCAUUCAGGCAAUGGUACCAAUUAUUUUGGUGGAGUAAUCGAUAGUAUAAUGUCUAUGUUUUUAAUAUCAUUGAAUGAAUUUGUUGAUAUUUAUACUGAAUUUGAUAAAACAGAUCAUCCAACUAUUGCUAAAUUAAUGUUUAUAUUUUAUAUGAUAUUGGUAUCGAUAUUAUUAGUCAAUAUGUUGAUAGCAAUGAUGGGUAAAACAUAUCAAGACAUAGCUUCCCGACCUAAUGAAUGGCUCCGUCAGUGGGCUCGUAUUAUAUUAGUAGUAGAAAGAGGUUUAUCACCACAACAACGAUUAAAUCUACAGAAAAAGUACAGUCAGUUAAGAGUUAAUAAAAGAGAAUCAGAAAGAGAUGAUAUCAAAGAAAUAAAAAGACUAAAACUGUCAAACAUUAAAAUGAAAAACAGACAA